AGUCAUCGUCGAAUAUAUCCACCUGACAUCUAUAACCAAGGAUUGUGAUACCUUUGUUCUUGUGUCAUAAGAUUUAUUUAUAACUUAAACUACCUUUAUAUUGAGCUUUAUAUAUAGAAUUUGCUCAUAAUUUUCGUGGAACAUACCAAGUAAGACAACAGAUUUCUCCGGUGCAGUUUGAUGUCCAGUUGCACCGAUUCUGAGGACCCCCCAGCCAAGAAACCGCGGUUAGAGUCGUGUGUAACAGCAAACGCAUCGUCCAACUCAGUGGAGACUAUGGCACAGAAUGGGGCAGAAGAGAAAGCAGAAAUUGAUGAAAGUCUGUAUUCCCGACAGUUAUAUGUGCUGGGACACGAUGCCAUGCGAAGGAUGGCUAACUCCAAUGUCCUUAUCUGUGGGAUGAAAGGUCUGGGUAUUGAAGCGGCUAAGAAUGUUGUCCUUGGUGGAGUCAAAUCAGUGGUCAUUCAAGACACAGAGGAUGUUUCCUGGAUGGAUUUCAGCUCACAAUUUUUCCUGCGUGAGGCUGAUGUUGGAAAGAACCGAGCAGUUGUUUCCCUCCCUCGCCUUGCUGAGUUGAAUACUUAUGUUCCAGUUUCAUCUCAUACAGCAGAGUUAACAGAAGACUUCAUUAAGAAAUUUCAGGUGGUUGUGUUGACCAACUCCGACAUGGAUGAGCAAGUUCGAGUUGGAGAAAUGUGCCAUGCCAAUAAUAUUUGUUUUAUUGCUGCAGAAUCAAGGGGUUUGUUUGGGAAAAUUUUCUGUGAUUUUGGAGAGAAAUUUACAGUUAAUGACACUGAUGGAGAACAGCCAAUCAGCAACAUGGUGGCUUCCAUUACCACAGACACUGAUGGUGUCGUUACCUGUCUUGAUGAAGCUAGACAUGGAUACUCCGAUGGUGACUAUGUGACCUUCUCUGAGAUCAAAGGGAUGACACAGCUGAACGGCUGCACACCACGAAAAAUCAAAGUUCUAGGACCCUUCACAUUCAGUAUUGGAGAUACAUCAGGAUUUUCCAACUACAGCCGAGGAGGAGUGGUCACACAAGUGAAGAUGCCACAAACAGUUACAUUUAAAUCUAUUUCUGAAUCAAUGAAAGCUCCAGAGUGUGUGAUCACUGAUUUCGGAAAAUUUGACCGUCCAGCCCAAUUACACAUAGCAUUUCAAGCACUGACCGAGUUCAGUAAGGCAAAGGGACAUCUUCCUAAGAGCAGAUGCAAGGCUGAUGCCGACGAGUUCAUUGCCAUGGUGAAAGACGUCAACAGCAGAUCAGAGGCAAAGGUGGAUGAGUUUGAUGAUGAUGUCUUGCGAGAGCUAGCCUACACUGCCCGAGGUGACAUCUGUCCUGUGGCAGCCAUUAUUGGAGGAAUGACAGCCCAGGAAGUGAUGAAGGCCUGCUCCGGCAAAUUUAACCCAAUAUUCCAAUACGUGUACUUUGAUGCAUUGGAAUGCCUCCCAGCUGACAAGGAGACCGUCCUCACUGAGGAGUCAUGUGCCCCUUCAAACUGCCGAUAUGAUGGACAGAUUGCAGUGUUUGGGAAAGAUUUCCAGAAGAAAAUGGGCUCAUUAAAUUACUUCUUGGUUGGAGCUGGAGCCAUCGGCUGUGAAAUGCUGAAAAACUGGGCACUUAUGGGCCUCGGAGCAGGAGAGGGUGGACAGGUGACAGUCACAGACAUGGACAUCAUUGAGAAGUCUAACCUUAAUAGGCAAUUCUUGUUCCGACCCUGGGACAUAGAAAAGCAUAAGUCAUCAACUGCUGCCGAAGCUGCUAAGGUGAUGAACCCUAACUUCAACAUUUCAUCACAUGAGAAUCGUGUGGGAGCCGACACAGAAAACAUCUACACUGAUGAUUUCUUUGAGAAACUGGAUGGUGUUGCUAAUGCCCUGGAUAAUGUUGAUGCUAGAAUGUACAUGGACAGACGAUGCGUGUAUUAUCGUAAACCAUUAUUGGAGUCCGGCACUCUAGGAACCAAGGGAAAUGUACAAGUUGUAAUUCCUCAUGUGACAGAAUCCUACUCAUCAUCACAAGAUCCCCCAGAGAAGUCCAUACCGACAUGCACCCUCAAGAACUUUCCUAACGCAAUAGAACACACAUUACAGUGGGCACGAGACCAGUUUGAAGGAGUGUUUAGUCAGCCUGCAGAGGUAGCCCUGCAGUACAUCAAUGAUCCCAAGUUCAUGGAAAGGACGUUGAAGUUACAAGGCACACAUUGUGUUGAUACAAUGGAGUCUGUGUACAAAGCUCUCAUUAAAGAACGACCAAGCAAUUUUGAGGAUUGUGUGUCAUUUGCACGCAACUUUUUCCAGUUGAACUACCACAAUAACAUCAGUCAGCUGUUAUUCAACUUCCCACCAGAUCAGGUAACCAGUUCUGGAGCACCUUUUUGGUCAGGACCUAAGAGAUGCCCUCAUCCUUUGAGUUUCGAUGCAAACAAUGAAGUACACAUGGACUAUGUGUGUGCGGCAGCCAAUCUGCGAGCAGCGAUGUAUGGCAUGGAGCAAGUAAAAGACCGGAAUGCAAUUAAAGAAAUGGCUUCCAAAGUUGAAGUUCCUGAAUUCAAACCACGAUCGGGAGUGAAGAUUGAAACAACUGAAGCUGAGGUUGAGGCUAGCCGAAGUGGUGCAGGAAACUCUGAUCUAGACCAGCUGGAUUACUUCCAGAAGGAGCUUGGUUCUCCAGAUCAGUGGAAGGAUGUUACACUUAGACCCGUAGAGUUUGAAAAGGAUGAUGAUACAAAUUUCCACAUGGACUUCAUUGUAGCCUGUUCUAACUUGAGAGCUGAGAACUAUGGAAUCACACCAGCAGACAGACACAAGAGUAAACUGAUCGCAGGAAAGAUCAUUCCAGCAAUCGCUACAACCACAGCUCUUGUGGUUGGCCUGGUUGGCAUCGAACUUAUCAAGCUUGCCCAAGGUCACAAAAAAGUAGAAUUGUACAAGAAUGGAUUUGUGAAUUUGGCACUGCCAUUCUUUGCAUUCUCAGAACCAAUUUUGGCUCCUUCAAACAAGUACUAUGACAAAGAGUUCACUUUGUGGGAUCGAUUUGAGAUUCAAGGAGAGAUGACACUUCAAGAAUUUCUGGACUAUUUUAAGAAUGAAUUGAAGCUAGAGAUCACAAUGCUGUCACAAGGCGUGUCCAUGCUGUACUCCUUCUUCAUGUCCGCACCAAAACGAGAAGAACGCUUGAAAAUGCCACUGUCAGAGGUGGUGAAACAGGUUUCAAAGAAGAAGAUUCCUCCUUAUGUAAAGGCAUUAGUGUUAGAACUAUGUUGUAAUGACGAGAAAGAUGAGGAUGUGGAAGUACCAUAUGUCCAAUAUAUACUUCCAUAAGUCUUGUGCUCAGUUGUGAUUACAUGACAUUCAGUUUAACUGGACAAUAGAUGAAUUUUUCACAGGAACACCCAUCGAUUGAUGCUCAUAAUUGUCUUGUGUAGUACAUAACACAUGUGAUAUUAUGUGCCCUUGAACUCAGAAAGAAGGAUCAACUCCUAGUUUGGGAGUUUGUGGCAGUGUAUCUUGUUAAUUUAUUUCCCGAAACUGUACUCUGUACAUAGCAGCUACACUGUGUUUACACAAGAGUGCUUAUAUCAUUGUACUAAAAAUUUACUGAUAAGAUUUGUAUAGAUAUAGAGUUGGCUUUCAGCAGAAGAGUGCUCCACUAUUCAUAAGUUUUCAAGAGCUUUUUGUUUGUUUUAUUAAUGUGAUGUGAAAAAAUACACAUGAUUUUUGGGUGUACAAUAAUAACUCUGUGAAUGUGAAUACCAGACCAACCUCAUUUCACUUCAUUAUAGUCACAGCACUUUUCAUGUUAUAAAUGACACAGUUAUCAAUCAUGUAUCAGGUUAUGUUAAUGGCUCUAUAUAUUUGUCCCUUGUUUAUGAUAUCAAGAUCAAAUCUUCGUAGAAGAAAGUGCUGCAAACUAUCAUAUUUCUUGUUCUUGUUUUUAUGUUAAAGACAUGUUUCUGUAUUAAUUAUAUUCUGAUGUAAAUUAUCAAUGGAAAAUCAAUUAAAAAAAAUAUGUCACAAAAUUUG